GCUGCCGCCACCGGCUCCGGUCCCGGGGAAGUGCAGCGGCCCAGCGGAGGGAGCUUGCACACUGCAUCUGCAGACCCCAAACCAUCAGCUCGGAGGUUGCUGUGUAAAGGGACAACUUGGGCCCUCACUAUCUCAGAGAGGUUGCUUCCUUCUCAGGCCAGAGGCCCAGCACCCAAUGGAUGACAAAAAGAAGAAACGAAGUCCCAAGCCCUGUCUAACCCAGCCAGCCCAGGCCCCAGGCACGCUAAGGAGGGUCCCCGUGCCCACCAGCCACAGCGGCUCCUUGGCUCUAGGACCCCCUCAUCUGCCAUCCCCGAAGCAGCGGGCCAAGUUCAAGAGAGUGGGCAAGGAGAAAUGCCGGCCUGUGCUGGCUGGAGGAGGGGCCGGCUCAGCAGGAACGCCCCUGCAGCAUUCUUUCCUGACUGAGGUGACUGAUGUCUAUGAGAUGGAAGGGGGACUGCUGAACUUACUCAAUGAUUUCCAUUCUGGACGACUGCAGGCCUUUGGGAAGGAAUGCUCCUUCGAGCAACUGGAGCAUGUUCGAGAAAUGCAGGAGAAGCUGGCCCGGCUACAUUUCAGCCUGGAUGUGUGUGGUGAGGAGGAAGAUGAUGAAGAAGAGGAUGGGGUCACUGAGGGGUUGCCUGAGGAGCAGAAGAAGACGAUGGCUGAUAGAAACUUGGACCAGCUGCUUAGCAAUCUGGAAGAUCUUAGUAAUUCCAUACAGAAGCUGCACCUGGCCGAGAAUGCCGAGCCCGAGGAGCAGCCCGCUGCGUAGGCCUGGGACCCAGGCCCAGACGCCUCCUUCACAUUCCCUUUAAACUGUGACUUUACCAACUCGGAGCUGUUCCUCAGACCCCCAGGUGCUAUGGAGGUGGGGGGCGCUGGAUGGAAUUAAACCAAAAAGAAAGCAAGCG